ACAGGCACCAGCACCUGCCACCACUUGCUUCCAGUGGCACAUGCAAAGUUCUGCAAAGUUUCUGUUUCUAAAACAUUUCCUGCUUGUAUCACCUCCUAAUAUUCACAAGAUCACACAUAGCAGUUUCAGUUGUAAAUAGAGAUGCAUUUGUUGGGUUUUUUUCCUUCACCACCUUAGAUUUUUUUUAAUCUCAGAUUAAUUAUCAUCUUCCCUUCUACUGUCAAAUAAUAACUGGAUACAGAAUAACAGGACUAGAAUGUCCCAUCCAUUUCAAGGCUUUCAGACUUGCACUGCUUCUUUCUGGGCUAAAACUUAUUCCAGAGACAUAAAAUCCAUUUGGCAAAUAAUCCAUGAUGCAAGAUAAGGUGAGGCAGGAUCCUGCUACAGGUGCCUCUGACUUCCUGGUGUGAGUGUUUCUGCACUGAGAGCGGUGUGAGUUGUGGUUCUGUCCUCAGACUCUCGUGGGAACUGGCACCUCCUGCCUCUCCUGUGCCUUCCUGCCAGGCUGAGUGACAGACCUCAGCGGGCAAGAGGAGUGGAAGGGGAGCACAGCUCGAGCCUUGGACUGUGGGAGGAUUGCUGAGUUCUGGCUGCCUUCUCCCUGCUCAGAGUAUUUCCCAAGAGAAAAACUUCUUCCCAGCAUGACAAGUAGGAAGGCCCUAAAUUGUGAACUUUCUAAGCUUUUCAAUGAGAUGUGGGAUGCAGAUGUUCACCGCCUUAGGCCUGGGAAAGACUACACAAUUGAUGUGCAGGGAAAAGCAGGUCCAGCACAGCAAGGGGAUAGUGCAGUCCAGGACAAUGCAGCCAGACAUCUGUUUCAAAAUGUAAGCGAAGAACGCCUGAGGAGCAUAAAAACUUUUGCAACCUUUAUUUCCUUAUUGGACAACUAUGAGACAUCAACUGGUGUAGCAGAAGUAGUGACUCCAGAAGAAAUAGUUGAAAACAACUGUUUCCUUGAUGCUAUCUUAGCAACAGAAGUCAUGAGACUAGCUCAUGACUAUCUGCUGAAAAAAAACCUAGCAAGGCCAAACCUUGCUGAUUUCAAACAUCAGCUUUAUGACAUCUGGUUCCAGCUCUAUGCCAGGAAAGAAGGAGACAGACCUGAUUCUUGUGGUUUUGAACAUGUUUUUGUUGGAGAGACAAGGCAUGGAAAAGAGAUCUUAGGUUUGCACAACUGGGUGCAAUUUUACCUUCAGGAAAAGCGCAACCAGAUUGAUUACAAGGGAUACGUAGCUCGGAAGAACAAAACCAGGCCUGAUAGAGAUGACCGAGUUUUGAGCAUCCAGUUCAGCUGGAAGGGCUCAGUCAAGCCAGUUGGAAGCACCUUUAUUGGUGUCAGCCCGGAGUUUGAAUUUGCCCUUUACACAGUCAUUUUCCUGCUGUCUGAAGAAAGAGUCACACAUGAAACAGUGAAGAUAAAUGAGUAUGAGCUACAGAUGGUUGUCUGGCGCCAUGGGCACCACAUUGGAACAGCAUAUCCAGUACUGCUCAGCACCACUAGUGAAGAUUAGUGGAGUGAGCAGAAACUUCUUUUUUUAAAUUGAGGGAAAGGACGAGUGGUGGAGACAGGAGGAGUGGAUGGGGGGUAGACAGGACCAGACAGCAAAGUUAAUAUGGUAUUUUAUAAAAUUAAUUUCAAAUAAAAAUUGAUGACUGUCUCUUUUGGUCUGCAGUGGAAUGUUUAAUCAGUAGUGUGCUGUGACACUCAGAAACCAUGAAACAUACUCCUGCUCACAUUAAAUUUAUAUCCAAAUUACAUCAGUCUUCCCUUUGGCAUGAUAGCACUGUACUUUUCAGCAAAUAAUGGCAUUUAGGAAAAGGUUCUAUUAAAAUUGAUACACAUAUUUCUCUCAGUUUUUAGUCACUGCAUAUCUAAAAAAGCAAUAACCACACAUUGCUUACACUUUACCUUCCAGACAGAGGCUUUGAUUUGGCACAGGCAGAACUCUAGGAUGUUUUAAUCUCUUCUCAUUCCAUAAGAGGUUAAUUUCAAAUGCAUUAUUACAAUACAAUGGCCUGGACACACAGGGAACACAUUUAGGUGAGGAGAUGGUCAUCAUAUCCACAGCAUGCCUUAAAAUAUUUUCUGUUUCUUGAACACAAUUUUCAUAUACUCCCUAUGUAUUCCUGAAACACCUGGAUGUCAACUUCAUACUACAGGUACUAAGAGGGCUGACUCAGAAAGAUCCCUCCCUCCUCGAUUUGUUGCUUGUCAACAGAGAGGAUCUUAUGAUCCUCUUCAGUGGAGAUUGGUGGCUGUCUUGGCCACAGUGGCAAUGAACCCAUCGAGUUUAAAAUAUCUGGUGACAGGAGGAAAAGUGCCAACAAAUCUUCAACCCUGACAUGGGAGGAAGCAACUUCAGGCUGCUCAGGGAACCAGUAAGUAAAGUCCCCUGGUGUAGUGGUUUUAGUUCAUCAAUUUGAGAUUUUUGAAAUCUUGAAUUUGAGAUUUUGAGAAAAAAAAUUGAGGGUGUUUUUUUCUCAAAAUUUAAGAUUUUGAGAUUUGAGAACCAACACACCUGGGAAAAUGCUUUUGAAAGUCCUGGGGUCCAUCAGUGCUGUGGCCACCUUUUAAGCACCAGUUCCUCAGGGCAGAGGAACAGGCAGUACCUAAAAACUGGAAAUCAAGCAGAUGAGGCAGAAGGCCACCUUGGCUGAACAGAAGAAGAUUGGAGAUAAGGUAAAAAAGGAAGGGAUAUGCCCAGUGGAAGCAAAGUCAGGUGAUGUGGAAGGAAUAUGGAGAUGCUGCUUACCACUGUAGGGGGAGAACUUGUGUGGCCAAAGCUCCACUGCAGGUGAAGCCACCAGAAAUGUGGGGGAAAUAAAAAGAGGGUUUAAAAAUACAUAAAUGGCAAAAGGCAGUGCUGAAAUGACAUCAGCCCAUUACAGGAUGAGGAUGGUCACCUCACAAACAGGGCCAUGGACAAGAUAGAGAGGUAUAAUGCUUUCUUUGCCUCUGUCUUCAACACUGAUGAUGGAUUAAGGAGGUCCCAGCACCCUGAGCUGGAGGACUGUGACUAUGAGAAUGAUAAACCCUGAGUUAACCCUGAAGGUGUGAGGGAUCUGCUGCUCCAGCUGGAUCCCUAAAGGUCUAUGGGGUAUGACAGGAUUAAUGUGAGAAUAUGUAAAGAGCUGGCUGAUAUCAUCAUGAGGCAUCUCUUGAUAAUUUUUGAACAGUCUUGAGAAUCUGGAGAGGUCCCAGUUUUUCAAAGUGCAAGAAGGAUGACCCUGGAAGCUAUAGGCCUGUCAAUCUCACUCCAGUGCCUGCUAAAAUUAUGGAGAUGAUGAUCAUUAUUCUGGGAGGUACUGAAAAACACCUGAAGGACAACACAGUCAUUGGUCAGAGCCAGCACAUCAUGAGAGGAAAGUCCUGCUUUUCAAAACUAAUUUCCUUUUAUGCUAAAGUAACCCACCCAGUUGAUAAAAACUCAUCAGUAGUGUAAUCUUUUUGGAUUUCAGUAAAGCUUUGGAUAUUAUCUAUCUCAGUGUGCAGCCCACAGCUGGAUAAACACAUUGUGUGAUGGCUGAGCAACUUGCUUAUGGGUCAAGCACAAAGAAUGACAGUACCUGGGUGGCAGCAGACUGGCAGCCUAUCACUUGUGGGGUUCCACAUGGUGCUCUCUUAGGCCCCCUUCUCUUAAAAAUCCUCAUAAAAAGCUUGAAUGCAGGACAGAAAGGCAUACUUAGUAACCUUGCAGAUGAUAGAAAACUGGAAGGAGCUGUUGACUCCCUCAAGGGCGAAGAGGCUCUGCAGAGAGCCCUGGACAAAUGAUAGGGCUGGGCAUCACCUACUGUGUUAAGUUAACAGAGGCAAGGGCUGGAUUCUGCACCUGGGAUGGGACAGCCUUGGAUGUACACAGACUGGGAAUGAGAGGCUAGAGA